AUGCCCACACCACAAGUGCCAUCCUCUCGGGGGUUUUACCAAGCUCUUUUGUUUCUAGCACUCACUAUUCCCGCGCAUAUUCAUGCCUUGCCAGCAUCUCCAAGGUCUACUAACCAGGUGAAUGACGAGUCAAGUGGCGGUACCCUGCGAGGGUCUCUGUCUUUGCAAGGUCAGAUUCCCAACGAAGUAGAUUCGGCCAACAGCGCUGUAGUUUCUCCCUACGAUAUGGCACCGGGACAAGACGCAGAUGCAUCACUCGGAAUCCCGUUUACCUGGGAAAAUACAGACGAGCCGCAGCCAAUCCGCGGUUCUUACGGUGCUACAGACCCCGGUCCCCAGACUUAUGCCUACUCCAAGCUCAAUCCCGACAUUGUCGCGCCGCCGAUUUCAGACAAAGGCUCGGUUGAUAACCCGAAAUGGCCUAUGGAGCUGUCUCAUAAUCGCAUCUUGCCCGAUGGAGCUGGUUGGGCUAGACAGGAGAAUACAGAUGUUCUCCCCUUGGCGAGUGAAAUGGCGGGAGUAGAUAUGCGACUGGCACCAGGAGCGUAUCGCGAGCUGCAUUGGCAUUCGGCUAGUGAGUGGGCCUAUGUACUCAACGGAAGUGUCCGAGUGCAGGCAUUCAAUGAAAAUGGCCAGGCCUUUGUCGAUGAUGUCCAGACCGGAGACGUUUGGUUCUUCCCUCCAGGUGUCCCACACUCGCUCCAAGCGCUGGAUCAAGGAUGCGAGUUCCUGCUUGUCUUUGAUCAAGGAGACUUUGACGACAGCGGCACCGGCAUGAUCUCGGAGAUGUUCCUGCGCACUCCGAAAGAAGUGCUUUCCAAAAACUUUAACGCGCCCCUCUCCGACUUUGAUGACCUUCCGACGGACGAAUUGUACAUCUUCAACGGCACGCCGGCUCCAAAACUGAGUGCCCAGAACACCACCGGGCCUGGUGGCGUCGUACAGGGAAACCAGAGCUAUACGUAUCAUCUUUCCAAGCAAUCUGCAUAUGAGGUUCCUGGGGGGAACAUCAAAAUUAUUGACCCACUCAACUUCCCCCUUGCUUCCAUGUUCAGUGCGGCGCUUGUGACUAUCGAACCAGGCGCAAUGCGCGAGCUCCACUGGCACUCCACCAGCGACGAAUGGGGUUUCUUCAUUGCCGGCGAGGGCCGUGUUACCGCCUACGAACCCCCUUCCACAGGCGGCACAUUCGACUUCCAAGCCGGCGACGUCAGCUACGUCCCUGCGAUGUUUUCCCAUUAUAUCGAAAACACCGGAACCGAGGAUAUAGUUUUCCUCGAGGUUCUGAAAGCGCCAGAAUUCACCGAUAUUUCCGUCGGCCAAUGGCUCAAGCUGACGCCCGAGCAAAUCGUCAAGGAUACGCUGCACCUGCCGCAGAGCUUGCUUGAUGGGCUUUCGCCAAAUAAGCAGUAUAUCGUGCAAGGUGAUAAGAAUUUGACUGCUUUGGCUGGUGGGUCGGGGACUGCAUGA